UAUAGCCUUACACACAGAGGAUGGAAAUAGCCCUUCAUGAUAUGUCUCUAGCCUUGGUUAUGCUCGAAAGGUGGAAAUGCCUGUGAACAAUCUCGCCGCGGUGUUCUUACAUUACUGGGUGGCCAGCCAUGUUUUCAUCGGAAUCUCUUCUCUGCGAAAGAUACCAAUUGGUUCCAUCUUUGAUACGGAAUCGAGGGAGAUCGAGGCUGCCUUCCGGUACGCCGUUAUACGAUUUAAUAAAGUAGACAACGACAUGUUUGAGCUGGAUCACAUAGGGGACAGUGUGAAAGUGUCAGACAGCUUCGAGCUGAGUACAGCAAUUUGCUCCCAGCUGUCCAAAGGCGUGGCCACAAUCUUCGGCAUAUCCAAUACGUCCACGUCCCCAACCUUACACUCGUACUGUGAUGAGUUUGACAUGCCGUUCAUUACGACCAGUCUGGCCCGCAAUGUUACCACGCCUUCCUCAAUGGUCCUCCACAUGCGGCCCAUCUACGCGCGCGCCAUACUAGACGUCAUGAGGGAUAUGAAAUGGCAAAUCAUACAAUAUGUAUAUGACUCCGAAGAAGGGUUAAUACGUCUGCAGCAGCUCUUUCAAGAGCUAAACUCUGCUGAGUACAGGGAUUUGGACGUGGACGUGAAAAAAGUCACCAGCGCGGAAAGUGUCUUUGCAAGUUUAAAACAGAUAGAUUUGGAAGAUGAGAAGGAUCACGUGAAUAUACUAUUGGAUUUGCCGAUAGAAAAAACCGAAAAGCUCCUACAUCUAAUGGGAAAUGAUCAGUCCAUAAACAGAGGGUCAUUUAAUUUCUUCAUUGGGGGACUGGGUCUUUUGGAAUUGAAUUUAACACGUUAUCAGAAUGGAGGACUAAAUAUUAUCGGCUACCAGAUGGUGGAUUUUUCAAACCUGCACGUCAAGGUAUUUCUACAGCACUGGGAACAGUUCGAUCCUAGGAAUUGGCCUGGAGCGGGCAGUCAGAAAAUAACGUAUGAAGCGGCAUUAGCUAUCGACGCCGUACACCUGUUUACAAAAACAAUGCACCCUAUUUUAAAGAUGGAUGGGAGGAUGUUUCGUGAGAAUACGAGAUACAGCUUGACCAACAGUGGCCGGAACAUGGGAACCAAGUGCAUGGCUCACCCAGUCAUGCCGUUUGGCCAAGGAAUUCAUCUAAAGCAGGCCAUGAGGGAGGCAAAGUUCGAAGGCCUGACGGGCACGGUGUCUUUUGACGAAUAUGGCUACCGCAAAAACAUAAGCCUGACCCUGAUGGAAUUGACCAUGAACAGAGGAAUGGCAAAGAUUGGCCAGUGGCGUGGAAAGUUAGAAAAACUAAAGCCUCAAAUCUGGCGACAAGAGAAAAAUGACACAAGAAUACAGCGCAUAACAACAAUAUUGACUGAGCCGUACGCCAUGGAGCAUAAGGCGCCUUUCAAGGAUGGAAAAGUUCCUACGGGGAACGACCGCUAUUAUGGUUUUUGUAUAACUCUAGCCGAAAAAGUGGCAAAAAUUGUACACAUGGACUACAUAAUACAAGUGGUUAAGGACGGUAAAUAUGGAAAACUGCUUUCAAAUGACACAUGGAAUGGAAUGGUCGGAGAAUUGAUCAGACACGAAGCCGACAUUGUGAUUGCGCCGUUGACAAUAACAGCUAUUCGUGAGACUUAUAUCGACUUCACCAAGCCCUUCAUGAGUCUUGGUAUCAGUAUUAUGGUGAAGCGACCAGAGGACCAGGAGCCCAAUGUCUUCUCCUUUAUGGAUCCUUUGUCUUACGAGAUCUGGAUGUGUAUUAUAUUCGCUUACAUCGGAGUCAGUGUUGUGUUGUUCCUGGUCAGUCGCUUCAGUCCUUACGAAUGGCACGUGGACGACGAGUCCGGCAUAAGCAAUGACUUUACAAUUUCCAACAGCUUGUGGUUCUCCCUGGGAGCUUUCAUGCAACAAGGUUGUGAAAUUUCGCCUCGGUCGAUAUCGGGUAGAAUUGUAGGCAGUGUCUGGUGGUUUUUCACCCUGAUCGUGAUCUCGUCCUACACGGCUAACUUAGCGGCCUUCUUAACAGUGGAGAGGAUGUCCUCACCCAUAGAAUCAGCCGAAGAUUUGGCAAAACAGACUGAGAUACAGUAUGGCAUUGUCAAGUCAGGCUCCACCUACGAUUUCUUCCGUCAUUCAAAAAUUGCCUUGUACCAGAAGAUGUUCGCUUAUAUGACCUCCCAAAACCCGUCAGUGUUUGUCAGCAGUGAGGCAGAAGGUGUGCAGAAAGUAAAGGAUUCCGAGGGAAAAUAUGCCUUUUUACUGGAGUCAACAACGAAUGAUUACUACAACCAACGCCAGCCCUGUGACACCAUUAAAGUUGGAAGUAAUCUUGACUCCAAAGGGUUUGGAAUUGCUACACCGAUUGGAUCGGAAAUGAGAGACCAUUUAACCUUGGCUGUGUUAGAACUGCGAGAAAACGGAGAGUUGAGACGAAUGACUGAUUAUUGGUGGAAGGAAAAAGGAGAGUGUAAGAUGUUUGAUACAACGUUAAAAAGGGACUCGGGUCAAAAUUCGCUUACAUUAGGAAAUGUUGCGGGUAUAUUCUACAUUUUAAUUGGUGGGUUGAUUCUGGCGGUAUUUAUGGUACUGACAGAACUCUUGUACAAAUCCAAAAUCGACUCUAAAAGAAUGAAGACAACGUUUGCAUCUGCGCUUCGUUCUAAAACGAGGCUGUCUUUCCGUGGAAAACAAGAGAGUGAAACCCCACAUCAGCAUCAAAGCUACUCCUAUACGGCCCCGUCUCAAGUGAUAAGCCUGGAUGGAUACGCCACCGAAAAUACCCACACACAGGUCUGAUAGCGGAGAAGCUGGAAGUAUACGAGGGUCGGUGUAUAUAAAGUUAAGGCAGACAAAUCACUGCUGUGUUGGAUAAUGUGAUUUCAGAGUGGAAGGGUGUGUGAAAUCAUUUUGCAUUAUCUCAACGUGUAGCAUAAUCCUUGACAGCAAUUAUUAGUUAUAUGGCCAUAGCGAUGACAACUGAAGCAGUGUUCCUAGGCAAUGCAGGUUAGCACAUAAGUAAACGUGUAAGACAGAUGUGCUUCUGUAGCAUUCCUGCAGACAAACGAUAUAUUCGCAAUAACUGUAUGGCUGUUUGUAUUUCCUCACAACAUGUGUCAUAGUCAAAGAAAAAUCUUUGUAUGCCCAAGACGUGUUGAGGCUUCUUCGAAUAAUUUUAUCCGACAUUUCAGAAAUGUGAAUAUAUGUAAAAGAACCAAACAUGCAUAACAUACGACAUUUUCUCACUAAUAUUCACAGCUGAAUAAACGCAUAUUUUCUCAUUAAUCGUGGGUCCCCGUUUUGCCCUUUGCACGCAUCCACAGAGGUAAAUGUUUAAUUGUAAGUUUGUUCACGCUUUCUUUGUGAAAACGUGGCUCACACCUGGAGAUAUUAUCACAGAAUUGAUACCCUCUAAAGCAAUAAUGUGAAUCUGAUUUAGUGUUUUGCGGUUUGUUGAGCUGUGUACAUUUCUUUACUGUGUUAACUUCAUGUCUACAGAACGAGGUUUCAGUCUGGUUUGGAAUCAUUAUUUCGCUAUUGUAUGCUACAAGGAAUGUCCUCUUUUAUUAAAUUUACUUGUAUUUUGUCAUGCAUUUGGUUAUUCACUUUAACAUGUUUUUUUCUUGUCUUGCCUGUCUCUGCCAACAGUCAUACAUCCAAGCUGUGUUUACCAUCCAUGCUAGCUACUUUGCAUAGGCGUUAGUCGCCAUGUGGUUUCACUGUUGCCUACGUCUGUUUUCAACAGUUCUGUGUUUCUAUAUGCAUAGUAC